AUGGCUUCUGCGGAUAUUGAUUGGGGUACGCUGAUCAAUUCAGAUAAGAGCCCAGCCCCACUGCUCGAACAGCUAUGUCUGGGGAUCGCGCAGUUGAUGCACUCAUUUGAUUCCAAGGGCACUGCUGAUAUCACCCCGGAGCGCCUCGCUACCUUCUACCGCAAAGUCGGCGGCAACUAUGAUCCUCUAUUCCUCGAGACCAAGGGACAAGCCCUGUCAUUCAUCUACCAGUCACUGGGCUGCUUCCACAGUCUCCAGCCCUCAGCAAACCCAUAUGAACCCCCCUCGGUCCCCGCUCUACUUCCAAAUGGCUUCGUGCGAUGGCAGACCAUACAACUAUUGAUGGAUCCGGAUGAGCACUCGGUGUAUCUGCAGAGAGCUGUCAGUCUUUGGGACAUUGCAGACGCAAAUGGUGUGAUCUUUCCUAAGACAAUACCCCGAGAUGCAUUCCCUUCCGAGCCAGAUCCUGAGAUGCUACAGUGGCAUGAAGGCGUGAGCCGGCGGCUGGAGCAAGACUUUGUCAAGAGACACACGAAGCGUGCUUCCCCGCCGGACUUUGGAACAUAUCACUAUCAUUUCAGUGGCAAGGACCCUCUGCCAGACGAAGACGAUUACUUCACACGCCCCCGCGCCGUGCCGAGUCGAAACGCCACAGUCAUGCCGAGCCUGAUCGGCCUAGUAGCCAACGUCAUCACCGCCGACAUCACAGCGGAGAAUAUCCUGCAUUCCCCGGGAAAAGAGCAGGACGGACUCGGCCAGGAUUCUCCACACCAAGGGUUUCCUCUCCGCCUCCAUGGGGAGGAGAACACCCACCGCGUUCGAGGGGCCGUGACCGCGCUACCUGAUGACUCUGCCCACGAAUACAGAGAUCAUCCAAGCACACAUAGACACCGCGAGCGACGGCACCUGUCACCGCCUUCGAACAGUAACGGCAGACGCCAUUCCCAUGAGGCGUACACCCGCCGACCCUUCCGAGAUGAUUCACCGACAAGCCCUCACCGACAUCGCCGGGGUCAUGACAGCCACUCGUCACGGUCCAGCAAGUCUCACUCUGACACCUCUCCCAAGGUCCAUAAGAGAGAUCACAAGAGAGAUACGCCAAAGGAUCGUUCUAGAUCACGAGCAGCGGGUGUGAAAUUCCGUGAAUCCAUCUUCGGCGGUCCCUCGCCUACCCCAGUUGCUCCCGAACCACCGUUCUACAGACCACCAACUCCUCCAAGGGCAGUACCACGACACAUGGGUCCCCACGCAGACGAGAUGAGAAGAGGAAGCUACAGCGGCACUCCCGGUAAUAGCCGACCCAGUAGCGGAGGAAGCGGAUCCGAGCGACAGCGCGCGUACAGUAGUGCUGGAUUCCAUCAUCAUCCUGUUCCUGGCUGGACGAGUCCUCGGCCCUCUGCAAAACGGUAUCCUGUGCCUGAGAACGGAGGAUACGUUCCCUCUCGGAGGGUUCCGAUAUACGAAUGA